AUGGUGGUUGCAAAGAAGACAAAAAAGUCGCUGGAAUCGAUCAACUCUAGGCUCCAACUUGUUAUGAAAAGUGCAAAGUAUGCACUGGGGUACAAGCAGGCUCAGAAGAUGAUCAGACAAGGCAAAGCCAGACUGGUCAUCCUCGCCCACAACUGCCCAGCCUCGAGGAAAUCUGAAACAGUGUGCUAUGCCACGUUGGCCAAGACUGGUGUCCAUCACUACUGUGACAAUGACACUGAGUUGGGCACAGCAUGUGCAAAACACCACAGAGUGGGCAGUCUGGCUCCCAUUGAUCCAGGUGAUUCUGAUAUCAUUAGGAGCAUGCCAGAACAGACUGGUGAAAAGUUAAUCAUGAAAAUUUUUCUUUAA